AUGGCACAUCUCGGACGUUCAGUUAAGAAUGUAGAGGCUCCACGGCCUUUAAAGUCACAAUCCCGUUCUUCGCUCAAGAAUAACUUCAUGUUGAUCGAAGAACUAAUGCAGUUAAUUGAGAAUGUGGCAAUUUCAUUGCAAUCCGGCAUUAAUAAUACAGAGCCAAUGGCCACAUUGGUGCAAAAUCUUCGCAUACAUGGGCCACAAUUGGAGACGGUCUCAAAGGAUACAUUAGAUAGGGCAUUUGUUGUAUUUCGUAAUGCGUCGCAGGACGAACGCUUAAAUAUUAUGACACGUCUCAAUUUGCUCGAACUAAUUGAAUUGCGGGCCAAAGGAUGGGAAGAUAAUGGUAUUAAUAGCUACUAUAAAACUAAACAGGCUACAAAUGCCGAGUUGUCCGAUGCCCAAAAUCAUGUUGAUACUACACAAACGGCAUUUUUAAGCACCUCCCCCACAUUUGGUGGUAUGAAUGCUGGAAAUGCUGCAGCUGCCGCAGCCAUUGCAUCUGUGGGUUCGGCCAAUCAACAACAUCUUCUCUUGGGUCCCGGGGAAGUUAUACGCAACUCGGGCAAGUUUCCAAAACCAACAAAAAUUCCCGGUAAAACUUAUUGCAAGGAUGAGGUAGUGAUACGAAAUGCAGAUUCUGGCAAAGUAAUGGGUAUCAAAGGUCGACGUGUCCAUAUGAUUGAGGAACUCAGUGAAACAAUCAUAUCAUUCCAAAGAGUGAACCCUGGAGCCAAGGAACGUUUGGUGCAAAUUACUGGUCCUGCUGAGGAUAAAAUCAACUAUGCCAAACAGUUAAUUGAAGAUACCAUACGUCGUAAUGCUUCUCCAGUACGUUUGGACCCAGCAAUGGGCAAUAGUCACGCUGGUGGUUCAUGUUCAUCUCUGGCUUCUUCGAAUUCCGACGAAGCUGUUCAGAUACGGACACCAGUCGCCAGCAAUUUGGCAAAUCGUUUGAGCUUCAAUUCAGCCCAAAACUUUAUGACCGCAGCUGCUGCCUCCCAACAGAUGGUCCAACAACAAUUGGCAAAUAUUCCCGGUUUGAAUACAUCAACACCUGUUGCUGCUAAUACGGCUGCAGUUGCUGGUAAACCGAUACGUCCUCAUACGCAAAUGUUGUUGCAUUCAUAUUCUACAAAUGAUGCUUCUUUAGGUGAAUACAAGUUCACUUGUAAUGUGGGUCAGCAUGUAAUCAAAAUCACCGGUGACUGUUGUGAUUUAGUCAGGGUUGCCAAAUUGGUAUUGGACGAUUAUUUCAGCAGUGCAGAGUUCUUGGCAUCUAUGGAAGCAGGGGCAGCUUUUGAUGGUUCAAUGACCAGUCCUAUUUCCACACCAACAACACCAAUGACCGGUGCUCCACAGUUUAUAAUGGGCACACCGUUGGCAACUGACAGUGGCAUUGGUCUUAAUUACAUGUCAUCUACAGCUAACAACAACAAUAAUCAGGAUGUCGAUGACGAUGUUUUCGUUGACAGCAGUAAUUUAUCUAAAUCAGCAUCUCAAAACAAUGGUUUGGCUCGUUCACGUAGAAGUCAUUUUUCACGAAAGGAUUCCACUCCGGAAGCUGCAGCAAAUGCUCCAGUGACACAGCUAGUACGUCAAAAGAGUGAGGUGGGCACAGCUGUUAAUAAUAAUGCAACAACAACACGCAUCGUUCAUCAGUAUGAACAUUUGCUCUUUUAUGCCAAGAGUCCUCAUUCCUGGGCACUGCCAAGUGAAUGGCAAAGAAUCUGUGAAAAAUUCCCGGCCAUUAUUCGAAAUAAGGACCUGCAAGAUGAAAGUAAUCGUUUCGAUGGCGAUAAAUACUUGGAAUUGGCUAAAUCGUCCGGUAAACGUAAUAUUACAACAGUUGACGACAACAAUACGGAUAACGAUACACAAGAAAACGAAUAGAAAUAAAACAACAA